AGACAUGGAAUUAAGUGCAGAAAGGAACCAAUCCUUUAUGCGAUCUACUAUAAAUCUUAAAAAUGAAGAUGAAAAUCCGUACGAAGAGAGCUCUUAUGAUGUAGCUAGAAGGCUGCAAAACCAAAAUCUCCAUGAUUCAGUUUCUACCAGCAAAUUUCAGAGGAGGCAGAGGAGCAUUUUAAAUUUAGAGUCUGGGAACAUAGAUAUGAACCAUUUGGAUGGAAAUUUUGAGAGGGAAUAUUAUAAUCUACCUCAAUACUUAGACUGUUCUCCAAAUUUAGACGUGAGCGAUCCUUCUCCGAUUCAAAUGCGACAGCCUCCUAAUUUAAUAACUCCAAAGAAGGUCAACACUAGGAAGAGAAGAAAAACAGGAUGUGAAUGGCCCAUCCAUUACUGUGUGUUCCUUGCUUGGGGAAUCACCUUAAUUGAAGCGAUGCAUAUUGUAAUUGUAUACAUUCCAGCGUUUAUGGAAAGUCUUGGCAACUCUAUUGGGCUGACAGUCCUCAUCCUCUUCGUUAUCCUGCUUACAUUCAUAACAAUAUUUGACAUUGUCUGUAUGGUCAGUGACCCAUCAGAACCCUUGAUGUAUAAAGAGAAUGUAACCGAUGAACAUCUUUACGAGUUCGAAUGUGAUUCAUGAAAAUGAUAUGUCUCUGAAAGAACGAAGCACUGCAAGAUAUGCAACCGCUGAACUGAGAACUUCGACCAUCAUUGCAUCUGGCUGAAUAACUGCAUUGGAGGGAAGAAUUAUAAUUAUUUCUUUCUACUCUUGUCCUGAUACUGAUUUUACACCUUAAUGUAUAUUUUCUGAGGGAUAUACGCAAUGUGAGUGAUGAUACCUGACCUCAAGAGAAAGAUAGCCAUUGUAACAACCUUGCUAACCUUAGUGAUUAAGCUUCUAAUCGCUGGUUUAACUUAUGGUCUGCUCUGAUUUCAUAUCUACCUCAGGUACAAAGGGAUAACUACCUUUGAGUUUAUCACCAAAAAGAGGAAGCAAAAUAGUCGGUCAGUUUUACCACAAAACAGGACUCUCAAGAGCGACCCAGUCUUCAAAGCUGCUAGAAGAAACUUAAGUGCAAGACAUGCGAUAAGGGGUAAUUCUCUCUCUAACUCUCCUCAUGAUCUAGGCUCACUGAAGGAGAGUUCUAUGGGAGAAGAGAUGAAAUUUGAAGGCAGCCACAAAGUCCUCCACACAAAGAUCCAUGAAAACAAAGUAAGUAUCCAAGAAUAAGCCUAAUUUUGUCAAUAAAAUUCCUGAC